AUGGCAGACAAAUUCUCCGGCGCCAACAUGGGCGCCAUGGCCGAUGCUCAUCUGCAGGAGGGAGAAAAGAUGGACACCAAGGAGUCUGCCGUCUCGAUUUCUCCUGAGCCCGCGUCUGCCUUUUAUGAUGGCAAUCGCUCGAUCUACUUGGAUUCUAGCAUCACCUUCGAGAACUAUGUCUACUGGGCUAAGAGGUCGCGCGAGCUCGAAAAGAACAUUUCUACUGACGAUGCGGGAUUUGCGUACUUGGGCAAGAAGCUUUUUAGGAAAAGGUUUGACGCCCCAGUUCCAAUGCAGAGACAGGUUCAGGAACAGGAUGCCUCUAUCAUGGCCGACCCCAGCGCCAAACCUACCAGCGAAGCGAACAGCGCUAGCACAAGUGAUGGUUGGGGCAUCACGGAGACAGAAUGGGAACAGGCGCAACGGGCCGGACGAACUGCAACCUGGGGUUCGAUCUUCUAUCUCAUUUCCACGGACAUCCUUGGACCGACCAAUGUCCCCUGGGCAAUCAGUCAGAUGGGCUUUGGACCAGGAGCUGUACUUUACACUGUUUUCGGGGCCAUGGCUUGUUACUCCGGCUUGCAACUGUGGAGGAUCUUCAUCGGUCUCGACUCGACUCGAUUCCCGAUGCGCAAUUAUGGCGAUGUGGCUUUCCGUGUCUACGGAAACUGGGCGCGCAUUUUCGUGAACGUCCUGCAAAGCUUCCAGUUCUUCCUCAAUGUGUCCCUGCUCACUGUAACCAACGGACAAGGACUGGCGCAGAUGGUCGUUGGUGCCAAUGGCCACGGCUUCCUUUGUUUCAUCGCUGCUGAGGUUAUCUUCAUGGUCAUCGGCUUUGUGUUCGGGCAGAUCCGUACACUGCAACGCCUUUCUUACCUAGCCAACAUUGCGGUCUGGUUGAAUAUCAUUGUCGUCAUCAUGACCAUGGCUGUGGUUCAUCAAUACCCACCUAACUACGAAGCGUCGCUGACUAGCUAUGGUACCCCAAAGGGACCUGUGAAGACAAGCGGCUACUGGCCCGCGAGCUCAACUCUUAACGACAAAGUCAAUGCUAUGAUGAACGGUGUUUUCGCGUACGGCGGCGCAACCCUCUUCAAUGAGCUCAUGGCUGAGAUGAGACGGCCAUAUGACUUCUGGAAGGGCUUUAUCAUUGCCGAGAUCUUCAUCUAUGUUUGCUACCUUGUCUCGGGCAUGGUUGUGUACAGUGCACAGGGCCAAUUUACAUUCAAUCCUGCUUAUCAAGGUAUCCCAAAUUCUGCCUACAAUUUCCAGACUCUAGGCAACGCUAUCUCAUUUAUCACUGGCGUCAUUGCCGCUUUGCUAUACGGCAACAUUGGUAUAAAAGUCUUCUACUCAGCAGUGUUCCGCGAUAUCUUCCAUUUCCCAGAAUUGAACAGCCGAACUGGCAAGUGGCUGUGGGUUGGGCUCGUACCUAGCUACUGGGCCCUCGCCUGGGUAAUUGCCGCCGCAAUCCCGCAAAUCAGUAAUCUAACCUCCUUCGUGGGAGCUGCCUGCAUCCUGCAGUUCUCUUACACAUUUCCACCAAUGUUGCUGGUGGGAUUCAACGUCCAGAAUGAUGCGAUACUUCCUGAAGAGGAGUUUAAUCCGAUGACUGGUCAGGUGCAGCGCUUGGACAACGGAAUCGGCCGAUGGAUUAGAGGUUAUAAGAAGAAGCUUGUGUGGAACACUUUUGAUGUAAUCUACUCGCUUGCUGCGUUGUCCGCCGCUGGUCUGGGAAUUUGGGCUUCAGUUACUUCCAUGAACAGAAAUUUCAAGGAGGGUAAACUGACGCAUUUCACUUGUGCGAACCCAGCUGGAUAG